AUGUAUCAAGAACGUAAGGAAGAUUCUCGUGUGCAAACAAUGAUUGUAAAAAUAAAUAAUAUACGCAGUACCAUAAAAUCUUUGGAGGAAAGUCUGAUGAUUACCCGGAGCUUAGAAGCGGAGCGAUGGCUACGAUACUCAAAUUUAAAAGGAAAAAACAAAAUAAUGAUGGACGAUCUUAGAAAAGCAAAUAAACGCAAUAAAAAUAUGCUCAAUUUAUUUCGACAGAGUGUUACUGACAUUCGUCUUGGAAGUGAUAUUACGUUGCCAGAUUCUUUGAAAAAGGAAGUACAAAGAUCUUGGCAUCAAAAGUAUGAUGCUUUAUUAACGCGCAACGAGCAAUUAAAACGAGAACUUAAUUCCCGAAAUUUGCUUCUUAAAGAGAAAACGCAGGAGAUCAGUAGUCUUCAACAAAAAUUAUUAACGCUUGGUGAUAGACUCGUCGAACGGAACGAAUCCGUGGAAAGUAUUUGUAAAAAAUACUUGACUUUAAAAAGACGAAAAGAUGAACAAGAAAUUUUGUUACGUGGUUCUAUCGAAACGUUACAGGAUACAUUGAGGAAAUCAAACGACGGGGCCUUCGAAAAAGAUUCUGAAAUAUCUUCGAUACUCGGUAAAGAUGCGUUGUCAGGUCGAGAAAUUCGACGUAGUGAUGGGCUGGCUUACGAAAAUUCUUUUUUAAGAGUUCUUCUGCAGAAAGCGAAACGCAGUUACAAAACUAGCGGAAAUAGCAGCGCUAUUUCUUUUGAUUAAACCGUUUAGUCGAUUUUCCUGAAAUUGUAAGCUCUGUUCACUUUUUUUAUGAGAGAUUUUACGUGCAAACUUUUCAAAGAUAAGAUCCGUAAAACCAUACAGUUGCAGAGUUCGAGCGGGUUAAGAAGAAGAUCGUAGGUGGAAACAUGAGGGUCACUGUUUAAGAACA